GUUGGGUUGGGAUACAUUCACAUGGAGAUCUUAAAAGUAGUAAAAAAUUGCACCUACUGUUAGUGAUUAUGAGAGACUGAGAGUAAUCAGAAGAGUAAUGGCCAAUAGAAAUUAACUCCAUAUACUGAAAACAGCAACACAAGUUCUAAAAACAUCAUAGUAAAAUGCAAAGAAAGACUUGUCCUUUGUGCUUGUAAUAGCUGGAAAAAGAGUAGAAACAAACCUAGCGCCUGCUAAUUCUCAACAGAAAGUCGAGCUCUUUCAGGUACCCAAUACAAUUACAAACCUCAAUAAUUCUAUCAUAUUAACAUACAUAUAUCUUCAAAUAAAGCAGGCAAUGUUUCUUUGUCGCUCACUUUGUCAUUUCAACGUUCGUUUCCCAUUUCCAGGGCAUUCUCAUUACCUUAUUUCUUCGAAAAAACAAGAAAUCCACACUCUUUACUACUCUGCUCUUUCUCCUUCUCUUCAAAACAUUUCUCUGCAAUGCUUUGCUCGAUCUCUGUCAUCUAACAAAGACCCAUCUCGCCCAACAGACCCGUUUAACAAUAAAAUAGCUCAUGAGUUUCGUUUCUUCAAAGUUUACGAAGAUGGUACUCUCCAAAUGUUUAAUCCAAUCCAUAAAGUUCCUCCCUUUAAUGACCCAGUUACAGGAGUCAACUCCAAGGACGUUCUAAUAUCAUCCCAACCUUCUAUAUCAGCUCGUGUUUUCUUGCCCUUUAUUCAUGACCCAACCCGGAAACUCCCUCUCCUAUUUCACAUCCAUGGUGGUGGAUUCUGCUUCGAAUCCGCUUUUUCUCUACCUCACCAAAAAUACCUCUCCACCUUGGCUGCUGAAGCUAACGCCAUCGUAGUAUCCGUAGAGUACGGGUUGUUUCCGGAUCGACCUAUACCCGCUUGUUAUGAGGAUUCAUGGGCGGGGCUUCAAUGGGUAGCAACCCAUGUAAAUGGGGAUGGACCUGAGUCUUGGCUGAAUGAGCAUGCGGAUUUUGAGCAGGUUUUCGUUGGUGGAGAUAGUGCUGGAGGUAACAUUUCUCACAACUUAGUGGUACGGAUAGGGUCAAUGGGUCUACCCGGAGUGAAAGUAGUUGGUAUGGUAUUGGUGCAUCCAUAUUUUGGUGGUACGGAUGAUGACAAAAUGUGGUUAUAUAUGUGCCCGUCCAAUGAUGGGUUGGAUGAUCCAAGACUCAAACCAAGUGCAGAAGAUUUGGCCAAGCUUGGUUGUGACAAGAUAUUGGUGUUUGUGUCUGAAAAAGACCAUUUGAGAGCAGUGGGGCAAUGGUACUAUGACGAGUUGAAGAGAAGUGGGUGGAAAGGAAAUGUAGAGAUUGUAGAAAACAAAGAUGAAGGGCAUUGCUUUCAUAUUGACAAUUUGACAAGUGAGAAUUCUGUUGCUCUAAUCAAAAGAUUUGCUUCAUUCAUCAAGGAUGAACACAAUUACAUAAGGUGAAGCUAAUGGAUGUGUUGGGGGUCUGCUAAAACAGUGUUAGUUUAGCUGGAAUAUUUUUAGGUAUGUCUGUUAUUGCUCAAUAUUAUUAUAUUUGUUUUUAUAAUUCUUUGUUUAUUUAUUUUGUUGUUUUCUGCUUUUGAUAAUGAUGUUAUGGAUUAUAUGAUA